AAAAACUCCAUCCAUCCACGAACGCAAAAACGGGCAGCGCAGCGACACACGUUCUUUUCACACAGUUCACCUCCAGCGAUCAUGACGGCCAAGAACCGACAGAAGAGCAACGCCGGCGAGAAAGCCGCUGCAGCUUCUGCAGCUGCACCGGUACAUAAGGAAGAGAAGACCCAGAAAAGUAACGGCGUGAGCGGCUCCUCAGCCGCCCACGGGUCGCCGCGCUCCUCAGCCGCCCACGGGUCGCCGCGCUCAUCCGGGAAGAAGAGCGGCGGCGGCAGCAGCGGGGGCAGCAGCAGCGGCGGCAGGAGCUGCCUGGGCACCCUGUUCUCGAUGCUCUUCUACGCGGUAAUGAUCGGAGGCGCCGGCCUGGCCGCCUUCCACUUGCAGAAAGUGGUGGAGGAGAUUCGGCAGACGAGCGCAACGCACGCCCAAAGUGCGCAAAUCAGCGCCGAGAUCAGCGGCAAAAUGGACGGCGUCGUUCAACAGGUUGCCUCUCUGAAGACCACGGUGGACAGUCUGGAGUCGUCAUUGGGCGCCACCCGCGCCGAACUGGAGGGUGCAAUGACCCGGAUGGCGAGGGGCGAGGAGGAGACCCGGCGAGUGGAGGAGGCCCUCCAGAAGCUCCAGAAAGACCUCCUCAAGGAGCUCUCCGAGGGCAUCAGCGAGGUGAAGGAGGCCCGGGAGCGGGACUUCUCCUCCCUGGAGACGACGGUGGAGCAGCGUUUGGAGGAGGUGAGUCGCUCGGUGCGCGCCAGCGUGGCCGAGUUCACCGACGCCCAGGGCGAGGCCCAGAACCAGCUGGCCGACCUGAAGGCCCGUCUGGGCGGCAUCGAAGACCCCGCCAUGGUCAAGCAGGAGCUUGCCUCCAUCGUGAACGUGGUGGCCGAGAUCAGGGCGACCAAGCAGGAUGCCGACGCUUCCGCCGAUUCCAUCCGGGAGCAGAUCAACUCUGUGAGGGAGGAGCUCCGAACCCGUAGCCAGGAAGUGGCGUCGCUUUCCCUGGAGGUGGAGUCCUUCAGGUCGGCGGUGCAGGACACGGUGGGAAGUCUCAAGCUCUCCGUGUCUAACGCCGAGACGGAAGUCCAGACGCUCAAGGACCGAACCGGCGUCCUGGAGGUGGCCACCGAGGGAGUCCGCGACUUGGAGACCAAGCUAAACGAAGUGGCCGCUCAAGCGCAGAAGAGAGCGGACGACAUGGAAGCCCGCCUCAAAGCCUCAGAGGAGAACGGCGAGUCCAUUACCUCCAAGGUGGAGUCGCUCCUCUCCCAGUACGACGCCCAGGAGAGCGACCUGGCCGGCAAAGCCUUCUCCGGGAAGGAGGUGGAGGUCCUGAGCAAGAACCUGGAGGAGCUGCGGGCCAACGUGGCGGCCGUGGGGGAGGCGCAGGACUCGCUGGUUACCACGGACUCACUCAUGGCGCAGCGAGUGGAGGAGCUAGAGAGGCUGGCCGCCGAGGGGACCAGCGAGCACGCUGCCCAGCUGGAGGAGCAGCAAGAAGCCAUCGUCGCCUUACAGACGGCCUUGGAGGAGGCCAGCCAGACGCUGGCGGCAUUGUCCCAAGGUCCAGAAGCCCAGGCGGAAGAGUAGCAUCGUCACAAAUCACAAAACACUCUUUUCUUUGUUAGUAACUUGAAGUUGCACAGGUAGGGCAAGAAAUGAGGAGGGAGCUGGAUGGACUGCUGAGCUGUGAAUCAACACUCAAUCUGCACUGUUAGGGUUUUUAUUUUUAUUUGACAGCUUCCUGCCUUCCCCAAAGAUUUUUUGGAAAUCAAAAGCAAUAAGCUCUUGUCAAGAAUUUGUUGUUUACUCCUUUUUUCUAUUUUCCAAUAAAAAAAACACUCUUCUUGA